AUGCAAAUAUUGUUGAAGGGGACAAUUAAAGAAUGGGUAAGGUGUAAUCGUUACUUACCUUACAUAAUAGAAUUCAAGAGUAAUAUCAAGUAUCAUCUCAGCCUUUUGCAAAGAGGAUACCGUGCUUUGAUUUACAGUGGUGAUCAUGAUAUAGUGGUACCUUUCUCGGGGACAAAACAAUGGAUAAAGUCCUUGAAUUCUUCUAUUGUGGAAGGUUGGAGAUCUUGGCAUGUUGGUGGACAAAUUGCUGGGUAUACCAUGACAUAUUCUAAUAAUUUGACAUUUGCAACUGUGAAAGGUGCUGGACACACAACUUCGGAGUACAAAUCACAAGAAUGUCUAGCUAUGAUCAUGAGGUGGAUUUCUGGUGCACUACUAUGA